AUGCCUAUUCGCACACACACCUUCGCCUUUACCCGCCCACCUGUCUCUGUCGCAAUUCUUUUCAAAGGUACUGUAGAAACUCUUAAAAGGAUUUCACAUCCCUUUAAAGAGCCAACAGUUUUUCAGCCCGAUAAAGAAAUUUGUGCGAAUAUCAAUGACUCGGCGACUCUACAGUGCUGUAUUUUUGGAACAAUUGAGGUAUUUUUCUGGUAUAAGCAACCAACGCAAAAACAGCCUCGCAUUAUGAGCAGAGUGCAAAAAUCUGAAGUUAUAUUUUACAAUGAAUUCCAAAAUGAUCGGUUUCAAGCUAAAAGUUCUUUAAACUGCUCCAACAUGACGAUUUCUAACAUCAUCCAGUCUGAUGAAGCCAUGUACUACUGUUCAAUCACAACACCAUACGAUGUGUUUGGAGGUGGAACAUAUAUAACAAUUAAAGAUGAACAUCUUACUAAUACAUCAGAAACAUCUACACCAGCUCUGUGGGACAAUUCAGUGGUGUGUGAACCAACCCUGCACGGAAACUGCACUAACAUGAACGAACAAGUUAAAAAUAUGCUGAUUUUAGGAACGGCUUUGAGCUCAUGUGCACUUCUGAUUCUCUGUCUCACUUAUUUCAUAUUGAGGAAAAGUAAAUGUGUUAAAACUAUGCAUGAUCUGAUGCACACACUGGAGUGUGCUCUAGAUAUUCUGUCACUCGUUAAUGAGAGGCAGCAUCCGUGGGAGAAAAGCCUUCCAGCUUCUUUCCUCUGCUUUGCAAAGAACUGCUCCAAAACCUCCACGGCUGAAGUCACCCCGCAAUGCACCAAUCCUGUUGGAACCAGAAAUCGAUCAGGCGACCACUAG